AUGUCCUUCAAUCGUUGCAGCCGCCAGGCCUCGAAGCUGUUGGCGACCAACGGAAGCUCUUUCAGAGCUGCGACUUCGACGCUAUAUCGUUCACGCAAAGCUACAAGCAUUCACCCCUCGGAAGUGACGUCUCAGAAACGAUAUGUAUCUGACGGCCAUCAUGAUAGCCAGCAAAAGUUGCUCUCCACACACCUCGAAGAAGCUGAUCCCACGAUAUUUGCCAUCCUACAAAAAGAAAAACGAAGACAGAAGCAUUUCAUCAACUUGAUUCCAUCCGAGAACUUCACCUCCCAGGCCGUUCUUGAUGCGCUUGGCAGUGUGAUGCAAAACAAAUAUUCCGAAGGCUACCCCGGAGCUAGAUAUUAUGGCGGCAACGAAUUCAUCGACGAGGCCGAAUCACUAUGCCAGAAACGUGCUCUGGAGACUUUUAGAUUGGAUCCCGAGGAAUGGGGCGUCAAUGUCCAAGCUCUGUCGGGUUCACCCGCAAACUUGUACGCCUACUCGGCUUUACUCAACACCCACGACCGUCUUAUGGGACUCGACCUGCCACAUGGCGGACAUUUGUCUCAUGGCUACCAAAUCCCGAACAAGAAAAUCUCCUUCAUUUCCAAAUACUUCGAAACUGUCCCUUAUCGUCUCGACGAGUCCACCGGUCUGAUCAACUACGACCAAGUCGAAGAAUUAGCCAAUCUAUACCGCCCCAAGUUGAUCGUUGCAGGCACAUCCGCCUACAGCAGAUUGAUUGACUACGCACGAAUGCGCAAAAUCACCGAGUCGAUUGGCGCAUAUCUACUUAGUGACAUGGCUCAUAUCUCAGGUCUUGUUGCUGCCGACGUCAUCCCCUCUCCCUUCCAAUACUCUGAUGUAGUCACGACGACAACACACAAGUCACUGCGCGGUCCUCGUGGUGCCAUGAUCUUCUACCGAAAGGGUGUACGUCGUACGGAUAAGAAGGGAAACCAGGAAUUGUACGAUCUUGAAAAUCCCAUCAACGCCUCUGUCUUUCCGGGUCACCAGGGCGGUCCUCACAACCACACCAUUACAGCUCUUGCGGUUGCUCUGGGACAAGCCCAGACCAAGGAAUUCCGCGACUAUCAACUCACUGUUCUUGAGAAUGCCAAGGCUCUGUCUGACCGACUCGGCAACUCAGUCAACGAAGGCGGUCUAGGAUAUAACAUUGUGUCCGGUGGAACAGACAACCAUUUGGUUCUCGUAGACCUCAAGAACCGCGGCGUAGAUGGAGCGCGCGUUGAGCGAGUCCUCGAACUCUGCGGCGUCGCCGCUAACAAGAACACCGUGCCCGGUGACAAGUCCGCGCUCAAGCCCGGCGGUCUCCGUAUCGGAACGCCCGCCAUGACUUCUCGGGGUUUCCAGCCAGAGGACUUCCGACGAGUUGGUGACAUUGUCGACCGAGCAGUCACCAUCACACAAAAGCUUGACAAAGCAGCAAAGGAGAGCGCAGAAGCCAAGGGACGCAAGAACCCUGGUGUCUUAAAGGCAUUCACAGAGUACGUCGGCAACGGAGAUGAUAUUUCAGAAAUUGUACAAUUGCGACAAGAAGUCGAGGACUGGGUAGGAACAUUCAAUGUUCCGUGGAAGGAUGAAUAG